UUAUUUUAUUUUUUCAGAAAUGUUUGUUUUGAAAUCAAAAAUGUCUCAACUGAAUAAAGAUGUGACGAAAUCACAAAAAUUAAUCCAAAUAAAUUCAUCAUCGAUUGUUGAUUUGAAAGCCGAAUUAUUUAGAAAACAAGAACAAGUUCGACAGCUAAAAAAAUCCACAGAUUCGACAAUACAAAAUGAUCAAAGUGAUGAACAUCUGUAUGCUCAAGGAGCCAACAAAAAUAUCACAUUACCAAAAAGACUUUUGGAAGCUACACAACAAUCAGAUGGUGACAAUAAACCAAACAAACGUGCAUUUAUCAAACAGAAAGAAGAUGAAAUUAGAAAAGAAUUAACCGAAGCUGAAGAACGAGUUCUACAGAAAAGUCGGGAAAAUCUCGAAAGAAAAGCCAAAUUGUAUGACCAAAUUUCUAAAGGUCAAGUUAAAAUUGAUUCUGAUGAUGAAAAUAUUCUGGUAAAUUUCAAUCAAAAACAUUCCAUGUAUGAUUCUGAUGAUGAUGAAGAUGAAGAUCUAGUUGAAUAUGUUGACCAAUUUGGACGAACUAAAAUGGUCACUCGACAUGAAUUGGAUCGGCUAGAAAAAGAACGUGAAGAAGAAGAACAACGUGAAUUGAAGUUACGAUUACAGGAAAAAUCAAAUUCAGAUUAUGAAUCGGAGCCUAAUAGUGUACCAGAUUAUGAAGCGAAGCCAACUGUAUCCAAUAUUCAUUAUCAACAUGUUCUUGAAGGUGAAGUUCGUGAUCAUGGUGUUGGAUUCUAUUCGUUUAGCGAAGAUGAACAAAUCCGUCGACAACAAAUGGAAAUGCUUGAACAAUUACGUAAAGAAACUGAAUCGAAUAAAAAUGAAAAACGAAGAAUCAAAGAAAAACGAAAACGGAUGUUAAGAAAUCGUUUGGAAAAAAUUGCAGCACGAAAAGGCAUAACAUUGCCAGCGGUUCAAUCGGAUGAUAGCGAUGAUGAUGAUGAUGAUGAUAAUGAUGGUGAUAAUAAUGAAAAUCCAGACAAAACAAUCCGUUUAGAAAAAGCUUCACUGGAAAUGAAAAUUCCUCAAUCUACUGGUCCAAGAGAAUGGGAUCUAGGAAAAGAAGGUGUUCCCAUUGAUAUACACAUUCGAAAUAAAACAACAUUCUAUUCACAGGAAAAAUAUAAAGAAAAACAACGUGAAGAACGUAAUCCAGAUUUUGCACCACCACAAAUAUAUCAUCAUCAUCAUCAUCAUCAAUCUAAGAAAUCAUCAUCAAAUGAACGACAACGUUCCAGAUCAUCAUCACGUACAAAUGAAAGUGAUACUGUUGAUUCAAAAUCUGAACAUUCGGAAAUGUUUAAAUUUAUAACGGAAAAAAUUUCUGAAAUACGUAAAAAAUCUUGAUUAAAUUGUUUUAUUUUAAAUGA